GUGGCACGCUUUCGGUUCCGCGUCUGAAGCGACAGCCACAACUGUGAACUUCUGCAGCACAGCCUGCAGCACUCCUCCUCGGCCGACCAGGAAGUCUAAAAAAAGAGCUGUGCUGUCUCACCAUGUUAUCUUUGCAGGCUGCACAAAAUCGCACAAUGUGACAAGUUUCAAAAUGAGUAAGAGAAAAGGCAAAGUGAUCAGUGAUGCGACAGCUGUCAAGAGCCGCAAACUGACAGCUGUGAGUAUCGAAGGUGCACCAGAUGAAACAAACCACCAGAGACCCUCCUCCAGCAGCUUCACACCCUCCACCACAGGAGAUAUCGGCCUCAUUGAGUGCAUCACACUGAAGAAUUUCAUGUGUCACCAUUUGCUCGGUCCGUUCCAGUUUGGGCCCAACGUGAAUUUCAUUGUUGGCAACAAUGGAAGUGGAAAAAGUGCAAUCCUGACUGCUUUGAUGGUCGGCCUCGGUGGAAAAGCCACUGUCACAAACAGAGGAGCGUCUCUGAAGGAUUUUGUGAAGACCAGUGAAAGUUCUGCAGCUAUAACAAUAAGGUUAAAAAACAGAGGACCAGAUGCUUAUAAAAGAGACGCCUACGGUGACUCCAUCUUUAUCGAGCAUCGGAUCUUCACUGAUGGGAGUCGAACCUGCAAACUGAAGAGCAAAUCAGGACAACUUAUCUCAAACAAGAAGGAGGAGCUGGCCACCAUUUUGGACCACUUUAACAUCCAGCUGGAUAACCCGGUGUCCAUUCUCAGCCAAGAGAUGAGUAAACAGUUCCUGCAUUCUAAAAGUGAAUCGGACAAGUAUAAGUUCUUCAUGAAAGCAACUCUGCUGGAACAGAUGAAGAGAGAUUACAUCCACAUCAAACACACUAAAACAGUCACACGACAGCAGGUUGAGAGACAAGAGGAGUGUCUCAAGGACCUGAAGCAAAGAUUUAUGCAGAAGAAAGAGCGGUAUGAAAAGUUGGCGUCCUUCAGUGAGAUGAAGGAGGUUUUGGAGAAUCUGAAGAAAACAAUGGCCUGGUGUUUGGUCAGAGACAUGGAGCAGUCUGUACAGCAGUUGAAGGAAGACAUUGAACAAGAAAAGAAUAAUUUCAAACAUCUGGAAAACUUUCAGCUUGUUCAGACGAAGGUCACACAAGUAGAAAAGAAGUUUCAGUGCGUUAAAAGCAGAGUUGACGGUCUGAGGAAGGAACAAGAGUCUCUAUCAGAGGACAGUCUGAAGUUGAAGGAGCAAAUGAAGGUCAUCAGCAAAGCUCACAAGGAACAGGAGCUGGUUUAUUUCCGGGCUCUGAACAAACUCAAACAGUCAGAGCGGGAGCAAAACCUUCUUCAGGAGAAAAUUAACAAGGCAAAAAUAAGCGUUACCCUGAGCAAUGAGGAAGAGACAGAAUUUACAAAAAAUCAGGAGAAAAUAUCAAGUCUUAAAGAGCAGCUUGCAGAGCUCGAGAAUAACUGCUCGCAGCUGAACGAAGAGAUCAAAAACAAACAUCAAGCACUUUUCAAAGGAAAGGAAGAACGGGACAAGCUGAGAUUGGAGGAAAAAAACAUCCACUCUUUGUACCAGUCCAAACUGAGGAGGAAGAAUCAGGUCCUCGCCAGUCGAUCCAACAAACUGAAGCGGUUUGGAGAUCACGUGCCCGACCUGCUGGGAGCUAUUGCUGAGGCGCACACCACAGGACGCUUUCUCAAGAGACCUGUUGGUCCAAUAGGGGCGUGCAUCAGUUUGAAGGAUCCCAUGUUGGCGGUGGCCGUGGAGUGCUGCCUGCGGAGCUUCGUGAAGGCUUUCUGUUGUGACAACUACAAGGAUGAGGCGGUCCUCCAGGAGCUGAUGUGUCGAUAUUACCCAAAGGGCAACAGGCCGCAGAUCAUCGUCAGCCCGUUCUCUGAGAAACUUUACAACAUUCAUGGACGGAAAGCACACCAUCCAGAAUACCCGUCUGUGCUGGACAUAAUCUCAGCAAAAAGCCCGGUCAUCAUUAACUCCCUGAUUGACAUGAGGGGAAUAGAAUCAAUUCUCAUAAUCAAAGAAAAAGAUAAAGCGAGGAGGGUCAUGCAGCAAGGCCGGCCUCCUAAAAACUGCCGUGAAGCGUUCACUGCUGAGGGAGACCAGGUGUAUCCAAACCGGUAUUACACCUCCGACUUCAGCAUGGCCAAAUAUCUGGGCGCGGACCUCGAGACUGAAAUAAGUAUGCUGGAGUCAGACCUGGAGAAUCUCCAGGCUCAGCUGUCCAGAUUUCAGCUCCACGUGACCUCUGUGAACGAGGACAUUGAGAGAAUGGAGAGCCAGCUGAACAACACCAUCGCGACCCUGAAGAAGACUCAGGCUUCUGUGAAUCAAGUCAAAGCAACAAUAAGUGAGCUGGAGACGGCUGGCGAGGAGCAGAUCCAUGACAUCAGCUCCUUGGAAGAAGUUGCCGAAGAGAACCGACAGAAGAUUGAGGCAGAAAAGCAGACUGUUCACGAGGCAAAGGCGGAGCUCGACAAGCAUCAGAAAACAGUAGAUGACAUAGAGGCCAAGUACUCUUCUGUUAGGGAACAGAUUGAUCAGCUUUCUGAAGACACGGAGCCGUUAAAGGACGAGCAGCUGAAGCUGGAGACUGAGGGCGCCAAACAUGAACGUAACCUUAAGAUGUUAGAAAACAAACUGAAGGCUCAUGCUGAAAACAUCCAAACUAUGAGGAGUGGCCUCGUCCAAAGAGAAGAAGAGUUACAGGAAUAUGUGGCCAAAGCCACGGAGAUCAGUCCCGAUCGGCAGCAGGUGACCGGCACCACCAAGAGCAUCGACACAGAAAUCACUCGGCUGAAGAAGAAAAUCAAGGUGUUGGAGAGCACCAAUGGCGAUCAUGACAAGGUGGUCAGGGAGUACGCUGAGGCCCUCGCUCUCUACAGAGAGAAAACCAACCAAGUGAGAGAUCUGCGGAGGUUCACUGAUCGACUCGAUCACAUCAUGUCUGACAGGCAGAACAGAUACAAAAUAUUGCGUAGGUCCCUCUCUGUCAGGUGCAAGUUGUACUUCAAUAACUUUCUGAUAAAGUUGAACUGCUGUGGCUCCAUGAUUUUUGAUCACAACAAUGAGACGCUCUCAAUCUCAGUGAAGCCUCCGGGCAGAGAGGACGAUGGCAUGAGUGACAUGAGGUCACUGUCUGGCGGCGAACGCUCUUUCUCCACCGUCUGCUUCAUGCUCUCCCUGUGGGAGAUCACAGAGUCACCCUUCAGAUGCCUCGAUGAGUUUGACGUCUACAUGGAUAUGCACAAUCGCAGGAUCUCUCUGGAUCUCCUCCUGGAGCUGUCAGAGCGGCAGCACCUUCGACAGUUUAUCUUCGUUACUCCCCUGGCAACCAGCAAUCUGCCCAAAUCCAAACUCAUCAAAAUCCACCAGCUUCAGGAUCCAGAAAGAGUUCGUAGAGAAACAGUGGAUGAUGAAGAAACAAAGCCUAAAGAGUCUUAAAGAUGUUGAUUGUCAGAUGAAGCUGUUUUUGGUACGAUCCGUGCUGCCUCUAGGGGGCGAUAGCUUGACUCUUGAUAUUAUGCAUCGUUUCCACUGCAUGUUACGACUCGGCUCGCUUAGAUACUUUUCUCGAUUUGGUUUUCAACUACAAAUAGUUCCCUCUCAACAAAAGUGUAAUUCUUAGCUGUUCGUCAAAGAAUUGCUAAGUAAUUUUUAAGUUUUUUCUUAUAUUGAACUCCUCCCUCCUGUUGGUAUGUCCUUCGGUAACUGUGUGCACUUGACGGCACUGUGGUUUUGAAUGCUGCUAUUUUUGAUAAUAUGCAAAAAUUGCAUCAGCUGUUGAUGCUAGUUAUGCAAAAUUGAUGAGUUUGUGUAGAAGGUACAAAACCAUAAGAGGUGUUGGAAGGAAAAAUGUAAAAGACGGAGGAAAAAAAGCCCACAAUCUAGAUAAUGUCCCAAAAAUGCCACCUUAGUGCUAAAAAAAUAAUACAAUCCAGAUUCCAAAAAAGUAUCAACACUGAGGGACCAGUCAGUGGUCUGCAGUGUCUAGACUCCUCCUCCUUGUAACCUCAACCGAGGAGGAACCAAAAACAAAUGGACUAGUACCAGGUUCUAUCCACUUUUUCUAAAGAAAACUAAAAGAGAGCCGUUCUUGCUGAAUCGAGCUGUGCCAGGCAGUGAACUAGAGGCAUUAGUGUUCAGUAUUUUGAACGCAUUUUGGCAAUCUCAAUAGCUGAUAUUCUAUCCACAUUGUAUUGUAUUAGCCUGCAGCUCGGGCUGCACAAUUAAACAAAAUUGUAUUAAAAUCCCAAUAUUGACUAGUGCAAUAUUCAAAAUUGCAGGAAGGCCAUUUUCUAAAAGUAAAAUAUGUAUUAAAAUAUGAAGAAUUUAGUAUUAUGACACUGUCUAGCCUAUAAAUUGUUUUCUAAAGAAAAAUCUUUGUUACAGAUCCAAACAAUCGCACCAUGAUCAUUCUAAUGCAUUAUUACAUGAAAAUAAUAAUGAAAAUGUAAUCUUUCCCUCCAUUGUCGUGAAUCAUAUCGCACACAUCACGACAUCAGUCAGAAAAAUUGCAAAUAGAUAUUUUUUCCAAACCGUGCAGCUCUACCUGCAACUCUGGGUUUAACAUGGUGUUACUGUUACUGGGAAGUUAGUGGCCUGAUUCCUGCAGGAAAGCUUUUCUGUGUGGAGUUCGCAUGUUCUCCCAGUGUCAGCGAAGGUUCUCACUGGGUCCAAAAACAUGUUUAAUUGGUGACUCUAAAUUGCCCGUAGGUGUGAAUGAGAGCGUGAUUGUCUGUCUCUAUGUGUCUGUGAUAGUCUGGCAAACCUUUUCAGGCUGAUGAGCGGUUAACUUUUAUAUGUUCUUAAAAAAUAUUGUCGCCAAUAUUUGGAGUAUAUGAUGAUGUGUUUAAAUCACUAAGGUUAUUUUCUGUUUUGUUCAUUUCUGUUCAUUUUACGGUUAUAGUAAUAUAGCAAAUAGUGAACAUGAUUAUAAGGUAAUUUGUACAUGUAAAUGAUUAUUAUAUUAUUUUUUGACGGUUGUAGUUUACCUGGAAGUUAUUGAACAUUUCCUUUUAAAGAUGUUACACUGAAAAUGUUUGUAUACAUGUUGUUUCUGUAUAGUUUUACCUCAGGAGUCUGGACACUUACUGUUUGAAUGCAGCACUCCUCUCAGCCUGUCAGUGUUAAUAUUUUUAAAAACAGUUUGUUAAGUAAGCUUCAAAGCCCCUCCCCCUCUGGUGUCUCACAUGGGAACUCAUUCGGAAAGAAUACGUAAAGUAAUUAAUGUUGAGAGAUGAAUAACAUUAUGAUCCGGUUUGAACUGUGCAUAUUUGAUUUUCUCUGGUUUAAAGAUCAUUUUGCAGGUCAAGAAAGUUGCAGUUUGUUGUAGGUUGUAACAUUUAGUGCUCUUUAACCUACAUCUCUCCUUGUGCACGGUGAACCAUGGCCCAAUUCAAAAGGGAUAAAAAAUAUUUGUCUACCAAACAUGUAUAUAUUUCAAAAAUAAGGUCUCACAGUUGUCCACUGGAAGGGGCGGGACUUUGCUUCUCUAUAUAAUCAUAUUUGUAUUCAAUGACAUAAACAUGUACACUUGUUCUCCUUUUCUGUCCCAUGUUAAAAAAUGUAAAGUCCAGCAGUAAACUGUAACUGCUGGGAAGAAUCAUAACCAGUUACAAUACAUUUUUGAUCAUCUCUUUCGUGUACGGCUAUAGUUUUCAUACAUGCAGGACUCUCCAUUCAUGCAUUUACUCCAUUCAUCAACACAGUCUUAAAGGCAUACUAUGCAGGAAUUACUGCUCACUGUUUUUAAACGCAACAUUCAAACUUGUCCGCUCCUCCUCGGAUCAGUGAAAGUGAAAGCAAAUCCUAGAUCUAGUUUUGGGACAAGCUUUGUCCACUUGGUGUUUCUGAUAUUUUCAUAGCUGUGAAAUGUUACCAACACAACAAGAGAAGAGAAGAUGCAGGCAGCAGGCAGAGUCUCAUCACACACUUUUAGUGUUCGUGGGCCUUUUUGUUUCAGUCAUCUUUUAGGAAAAUCCUGCAUAGUAUAACUUUUAAAGUCUGCAUCAGCGUGGUCUUCAUUUUCCCAUUAAAUACACCUACUAGACCGUGUCUUUUGAAAAAGCCUGGUGAUGGUUUAUUUGUUUUAAUCACUACAGAAUUAGUUUUGGGUGCAACACAUGCCACAUGUAUAAAAGAAUACAGUCACUUGUAUUAUGAUUUUUCCAUAUUUGAUAUAAACAUUUACGAGACAAAGAAUCUGACAUAGUGACCGGACUGAAAUGUAUAAAUAAUAAUAGA